CACAGGGGAGCUCAUUUGGUUGAGUGCGGAGAAGCUGUUUUUGUUUUUAGAGCUUCAAGCUUCCUGCCUCCCCUUGCUGUGCUUUCUGUCAGUGGAUCGGCCCGAGGUGGAGGGGAACAGUUGGAGGGGGGUUUCAGAGGAGGAGAGAGUGAGAGCAGCAUUUGGGAAGCCAGCUGAUCAGAGCUGAGGUAUUCUACCACUGAGGCAGAGGGAGAGGGGUGCGUGACUGGAAAAACAAGAGAAGAUAGAGAAAGCAGCUGCAAUUUCUUUUGAAUUUAUGAGCAAGCAUUUGAAAAUAUAGGCGCGGAAGAGACAUGUUUUCUCCUUUUCAUGAGAAAAAUAGAACUCACACGAAGAGAAAUGCUCUUGGGAAAGAUGUGAAAGCUGUUGGCAGUGUGGGAAUCUGAGGAAGAAACACACAGAAAAAGGAUCUUUCAGACUCACUCUGGAAACCCCAUCUACUGACAACCUGAAUCAGCAGAGGGUUGAAGAACCCCCUUGGUAAAGAAACGGAGGGAUGUCUUGGCUGUCACCAGUGUCAUGGGCCAAAUGGACAUGGACAGCAGUACGAGGUGGAGAGGAAGAGGAGGAGGCCAGCGGAGAGAGGGAGCAAUUUGGAGAGAGAGGAGAGGAAGAAGAGGAGGAGGAGGAGAGAUCUCUAAGCUGCAGCUCUGACUCAGAGGGGCAUUUUGACACUCCUGAAGCAGCAACUCCUGUCCGCGCCCCUCCCACCAUCCCAGGAGAGCUGGAGAACAACAACACUGAUGCAGGCAAAACUGAUGUGGAUCAGGAAGAGCACCUGAUUGUGACUGCUCCUUUCGAGGAUCAGGAUAUUUUUCUCAGACACAGCAUGGGUCAGGAUGAGCCGACGGUCCCCAUGGGUCGCCCGCUAGAAGUAAACAUCCAGACCCUGGAAGCGCAGCAAACAGAGAGUCUCCCAGAAGCCUCGAGCUCUGUGCCAGACCCUGCUGCUGCAUUCUCAGUGAAGGAAAUGCCUGAAGCGGCUAACAAAUGCAGAGUGCCAAAGUCUGAGCCACACCAAGCACCAGUCCCUGUCCUAGUUGCAGAUCCUGUCCCAGAUGUGACUCCAGUUCUAGCUCCUGCUCCUUCUGCUGCUGCUGCUCCUGCUGCUGCUCCUGCACCUCCUCCUGAUCCUGCUCCUCCUCCUGCUUCUGCUCCUGCUCCUGCACCUCCUCCUGGUCCUGCUCCUCCUCCUGCUUCUGCUCCUGCUCCUGCACCUCCUCCUGGUCCUGCUCCUCCUCCUGCUUCUGCUCAAGUUCCGGAGCCAGACCUAAUCCAAAGCAGUGAGCCUGAGUCCAAACCAGCUUCAGAGCCCACUGUUCAGAAAACAGAACCAGUUUGCAUUGACCUGGAAAAAUCAGAACCUGUUCAAAAGACUAAAUCCAGUAAGUCCAAGCCCCCAUCGCUGAAGCUGAAGACCUCUAUGAAUGAGCUCGCCCAAACCAAUGAGGAAGAAGAACUUCCUGUUCCCCAGGCCUCGUACAAAUUUAACCCUGACCAGCUGGAUGACAGCUUUAACCCCUUCACAAGCGGUGGAUCUAAAAUACAGAACUCUCCCCCGCCUUGCGGUCCGAGCUCUCUCCCCAGACUAGAGCCUCUCGGUAGCUCGUUGUCUGACUGCGAGGCCAAUUCAGCAGCUUCAGCAGAAGCAGAGACGAUGGAGUCAUUAUCGGAGCCAAAGCCUGUGAUGCUGGAGUUUGGUCUGGACAAGGAGACGGUCAGCAAGCCGCCUCCGAGGAACUUAGGUGGCAAAAAGAAAAUCAGCAAACUUGCAGUUAAGAAGCAGAAGCCCAAAGGAUCAGAGGCUUCCUCCAAACCUGCACCAGAACCCACAAUUUCAGAAACAGAUUCUCAACCAGCACCAGAACCGGUAUCAGAACUUCCCCCAGAGCCUUCUUUGCCAGUUUCAGACUCUGCCGCACCUUUGAACCUUGACGACGUUCCCAUUCCUAAAAAAGGAACAUAUAACUUUGAUCCCAGUCAGUGGGACGAUCCUAACUUCAAUCCAUUCGGUAGCAGUGGCAGCUCUCCUGGGCUACCUAAGGGCUCCUACAGUUUUGAUCCUGAUCACUUGGACGACUCUGUGGACCCUUUUAAAUCCACCAAAACUCUUAGCGCAGAGGACUCGUCCAGUAGUGUCCCACAGCCGGAGGUAAAAGUGAAAGAUGGAGGCAAACCGACAGCAGGGGAGAAGAAAGUGAGGCAAAUUCCCAAGAAAAGCAAAGAGAGGACAAUCAAGACAUCUGAACAAGUCAAGUUUCUCUGUUUUCUGUUGAAUUCCUGUAAAGUUCAGAAGUAUGACGAGAGCCAGUCCUUGGUGCUCGAUGUGUGCAAUAAGGAGGAGGACGAGGUGGUGGUUCAGACGCCAGAGAUCACUCAGCGGGUUCAUCACGCCACAGAUGAGGAGAAGCUUGCUUCCACAGGCAUCAUGGGUCCAGCAAUAGACAGCGAGGAGGAGGAGAGAGAGGAACCUGAAUGCUUCAAAGCAUCUGCCACGAUACAGCCGAUCAUUGAGAAGUCUGUUUUGGAUGGUGCUGAGUUUAAGACGUCAGAUCACUUUGAAGAGAAGGAUCCCUGCAGUCUGAAGGAUGAGACGCAUGAUCUGCAGAGUGAGGUGUCCAUGAGCCAAAAAGCAAAGGUGGCGCUCAGCGACACCACAGGCGUAGCAGCUCUGUCUCAGGACAACAUACCUCUGAGUGAGAUGGACAAGGCCGCAGUGCUCACCCUGAUCAGAGAAGAGAUCAUCACUAAAGAGAUCGAGGUCAAUGAGUGGAAGAGGAAAUACGAAGAGAGCAGAGCCGAGGUUUUGGAGAUGAGGACAAUAGUUGCAGAAUAUGAGAAAACAGUUGCACAGAUGAUUGAGGAUGAGCAGCAGCAGAAGACUGUGUCCAGCAGUAAGUCUGUCAGGCAGUUGACUUUAGAGAGAGAUCAGGCCAUAGCUGACCUCAACUCUGUGGAGCGCUCCUUUGCUGACCUCUUCAGGAGGUACGAGAAUAUGAAGGGAGUCCUGGAGGGCUUUAAGAAGAAUGAGGAGGUGCUGAAGAAGUGUGCGCAGGACUACCUGAUGCGGAUCAAGCAGGAAGAGCAGAGAUAUCAAACCCUCAAGGUGCACGCUGAGGAGAAACUGGACAAGGCUAAUGAGGAUAUAGCACAGGUACGUGCCAAGGCCAACUCUGAAGGUGUCGCACUCAACGCAAGCUUGAGGAAGGAGCAGAUGAAAGUGGAGUCACUUGAGAGAGCUGUCCUUCAAAAGAAUCAAGAAAUCGAGGAGCUCACUAAGAUCUGCGACGAACUGAUCACCAAACUGGGAACAGGAUAAGAGGCCUUUCAUCAACUUUAAAGAUGUAAAAUUCUGUACAGGAUCACGGUCAAACACAUGACAACUUUUCUUUCUUUCUGAUUUUAUUUUUCAUACAUUUAAACAGAGAAUGGCUGCAGUCGCUCUUUUUUAUAAAACAUAAAAGUGAAACCAGAACAAUAUGUGAUCAAUGUGUUGAUCGUGUAGUGGCAGUUUGAAGAAGCACAAAAUGAUCAUGACAAAGUAUUUUGAUUCAUUUAAAGGAGAAGUGCCAUGACAUGUGGAGCUUUGGUUCAGGGUGUACAGUAAAGGUAAUGUUAUAGAUGAUCCGUUUUUAGAAGUUGACCCUCUUGAAGGUGUAUACAUUCAAAAAUUCAAUUAAGCAAGUAUGUUUCUUUAAAAAUUCACAUUGCCACUUUUUGGGACAGAGCACGGACAUCUUUACCAGUGUGUUUUCUCUGUGUGUAACUGCUGAUGAUACAGUUUAAAGGCUUUAUAUGUGAUUUUUUGAUCCAGCAGAUGUCGCCCUUGAGCACCAGCAUGAAACCAAAACAACUCGCGGUGCAUUGUUGUGUUAGCAUGCUAAUGCUAGCGAUCUUUAUUAUGCUUGUAUCUUCACACUGCAUGUAAAUUUACCUGAAAUGAGCGUGAUCUAGAAACACAGUUAAGCAGUGAGUACAGUAUGUUAUUCUUCUUUUCUCUAGUCCCUCAAUUAAACAACUUUUAUACACGAGGGGAGGAGUCAGCCGGCCGUCCGGGCGAUGUAAACAAACUGAAGAUAGGACUCUGAAAACUCUGAAAACAUCACAGACAGUGGGACUCGGGUGUUACACCCAUUGUAGACAGUCAUGACUCACAGAGUUAUUUUCAGAGGAUAUACUUGAUUUAUAUUAUAUUUAAGUGUGAAAAAUCACAUAUAAAGCCUUUAAAGAAAGAACACUUUUCUUAAUCCAGUACCUGAACAGAUCAUGUAGGAUUAGUUUUCUUGCCUUUACAUUUUCCCACUCCAAUUUCUUUUUGGAUGCAGAUUUUUUUUUUUAGAUCUGCAGGUUAUCUUCUUCUGUAAUAUUAGUCAAACGAUUUCACAUGUAGUCUUUGGCUUUUUUAACACAAGGUCACAUAAACAACAUGUGAUAAAGUUCUCAGUCCUGCAGUUUGGAUUUCAUGAACAAUAUGCCCCCCAAAAAUCAACGGGAUUGUUAAUAUGAAGAGCAUUUAAAUGAAUCACAAUCUAAAUGAUUUUCUUUAUUUUUAGUAAUUUGAUGGUUUGACAGUGCUGGUUGGAUCUUAAGAUCAGUUUAAAACUGAAGUAGUGAAAUCUGCUCUUAUUAUUCUGUAUUAUUCAAACAGGUGCCAUGUUUGAUUUCCUCACUCUGUGUUUGAGUGUUGAAAAGUUAGAAACACAUUCUGUCCCUGCCAUGUAGAUAUACCGUAUAUUUGACUGUAUUCAUACUUGAUCUUGGAGUCCAAAUGUUGCUGCUGUGCCUCUAUUUUGUAAAACUGUUGUUUCCAAACUCUGUUUGCCAAAGUGUCAUAUGAAAAUAUAUCUUUGAUGAUCAAAGUAUUCUGAACAAUAGUUAACCAUCAUGGGUUUGCAGGUUACAGUUUAUGAAUGGGCAUACUUCAGCCACAUUACUUUAUAAGGCAAAGCUCUUUGUUUUUGGUAAGCAUGAAAUAACAUCUCCUUUGCAUUUUCUGGUGUGAUUGAACCUGAAGGAGCACUCAAGUGCACUUUUAGACAGAAGUGUUUCAAAUGUAAAUCUUCUUUUUCAUCAGCACAAUCAAUUGCCAAAUAUCACUUUAAAAUAAGACUGGUUUGUAUGUGUCCCUGUAGUGCUGUUACAUUAGUCUGAAGGUGCUUUUUAAUGCAAGUUCAUUGUCACAGUACACCAUGUGUAAAUGUUUAUAUUUUAUCAUGAGAAUAUUUGUAAAAUGUAAGGAAUAAGUAUACCCAGAUUGUAUGUUAAUGGAUAUAUUUUGUGCAUUUCUGAAUAAAUGGUAAAGAUUGAGUGUUACUGAA